GUCCGCCCGCCACAGUGUCCGCCCCCUGCCCGCUCACUCUGACUCCGACCAUCAGCCGUGCCCGUCACCUCCGCGCUCGACGCGCCAGAUGCGGCGGGGGGCGACAAUGUCAACACUGAGUCUGGUGGCGCCUCCUGCCCAAUCAGGAUCGCUUCCAUCCGAUCGAUCACCUGCCCCGGGCGCCUUGGCCCCGCUCGUCCCCGCCGUCCCUGCCAUACUACCACCGCGUCGCUGUCGCCGACCACCUGCGCGUCGCUGCAUGUCGCCGCGCUCGCAUCGGCCCCGCCACCGUCCCUGCCCAUCAUCCCCGCCCCGUCGCUGUCCCGUCUGCGACCGCACGUCACAUGAUGCUGCCGCCACAAUACCGCGCCUCGCGCGCACGGACGCUUACUUGCCCAAUGUCGCCACGCAGCCGACCUACGCCGGUGCUUCGCCACACCCACCAAGGACCCCCAAGAGGUCCUUGGGAAUAGUGGACCGCGGGCACACGGACGCAUGCUUUCGCCCCGCCGCACGCCCUUCCGCCCUGCACGCACCGCCCCUCAGGCCAGCAGCGCUCAUUGCAGCCAUGCCCGUCACUCAACUGGCCGUUCCCACGUCAGCGACACCUUGCCCCGUGGGGCAGAGGACAUUGCAGAGUGGGAGAUGUCGUGCGGGCGCCACUUUCGCCUACGAAUCCGUAUGCGAAACCCUGCGGGCGCCCACAGAGAGGUUUGGACGCGGCCCAAUGGCGGCGUAUGCGUGCGGUGUUUGAAACAACCGAGUGUCAUGGUGUCGUUUGGUGGGCAUGUUCGAACUAUUCUGACAGCGGUAUCAAAUGCUGACCGAGGGCGCCACAACUGGUGGUCAGCAAUUGCGGCGAGAGCACCCAACGACUGCAUGUUUCGUUGGCGGUCGUUACCAGGACCAUCCCACCCCAGUCCGGAUCCCCUCAAACAGUCUCUUGACUAGAGCCGCUCAUGAACCAUACAGCAGUACGGGCGUAGUCCAUCUUGGGCUGAUGGUCAGCUCGGAUUUUGUCCUCAGCCUAGAGUUCUAGGCGUACUGUUCUGCGAUAUACUACUACUCCACAACGUGGCCAAGUACUAAUAUCCU